AUGACCUCCCUGCUCCCUGUGGGGAACGUCCUGUGGUUCAGUGGGACAGGGCCAGGCCGGGAGUUAAUCUACAAUUUCAAAGGAGGCCACUACCCCCGAGUAACAAAUGUUGGAGACACCACAAAGAGAGACAACAUGGACUAUUCCAUCCGCAUCAGGAACAUCACCCCAGCAGACACUGGUAUCUACUACUGUGUGAAGUUCCAGAAAGGGAGCCCUGAUUAUGUGGAGUUUAAGUCUGGACCAGGCACCCAGCUCACCGUGAGUGGUGAGUACAGCGUGGGCCUCCUUCGUCCCUUGGUGUUUGACAACAAAAACAUCACCCUGAAGUGGUUCAAAAAUGGGAAUGAGCUCCCAGCCUCCCAGACCAACGUGGACCCAGAGGGAGACAGCGUUUCCUACAGCGUCUCCAGCACAACGAAGGUGGUGCUGGCCCCGGGGGAUGUUCGCUCCCAGGUCAUCUGCGAGGUGGCCCACGUCACCCUGCAGGGGGACCCUCCUCUUCGUGGGACGGCCAUCUUGUCUGAGACCCUCCGAGUUCCGCCCACCUUGGAGGUUUCCCAACACCCCAUGGUAGGGAACCUGGUGAACGUCACCUGCCAGGUGAACAAGUUCUACCCCCGACACCUAAAGCUGACCUGGUUGGAGAAUGGAGACAUGUCCCGAACAGAAAUGGCCUCAACACUCAUAGAGAACAAGGAUGGGACCUUUAACUGGACGAGCUGGCUCCUGGUGAACUCAUCUGCUCACAGGGAGGAUGUGGUGCUCACCUGCCAGGCGGAGCAUGACAGGCAGCCGGCGGUCACCAAACACCAGACCCUGGAGGCCUCUGCCCACCAGAAGGAGCAGGACACAGGUGGAACCCCUGGUGAGGCCUCCACUCCAACUGAGCUGGCUCUUUUAAAAUUUUAUCUUUUUUAUAGUCAUUAA